AAAAAAAAAACUUUUUCAAUGGCGGAUACACCAAAAAUCAGACAACUACGAUCAUACCUUAACUUACGAACUAGAAUCACUGCUUCAGACAAUCGGGUAUUUAAUGGAAUUUUUAUGUGCAUUGACAAAUAUAAAAAUAUUAUUUUAUCGCAAACUGAAGAAUUUCGGGAUGCCGAAAAGAGGUUUGUGGGACUUGUUAUGAUACCUGGAAAACAUAUUAUUAAAGCUGAAAUUGAAGAUUUAGAACUUUCCGACGAAUAUACGUGAAAGAUUUUUAAUUUUCUUUUCUUUUUUUUUU